GUGGACAGUUCUCUAAUAAGUCUUAAAGAAAAUCUAAUUGAAAUUAUCAAGAGCACAUUCAUAGGAAAAUAACUUCAAUUGAUAAAGAUAACAGAUAGACAUUUAAUUUUUUAACUAAUUCUUAUAAUUAUGAGUUCAAUUUGUUAUUAUAAAGUGUUAGGUUUAACUAAAACAGCUACAGAUGAAGAAGUACGUCGUGCAUAUCGUCGUUUAGCACUUAAAUGGCAUCCAGAUAAAAAUCCAACAAAUUUAGAAGAAGCAGAAAAAAAAUUUAAAGAAAUUAGUGCAGCUUAUGAAGUUUUAUCAGAUCCACAAAAACGUUCUGUCUAUGAUUCACAUGGUAAAGAUGGCUUAAAUCGUACACAUGUAAAAACUUCUAAAUCAACAAGGCCACCUAGUGGACGACGUCGACAUACAGCAUCAGGAACAUUUUUCACAGAUGAUAUAUUUGAUACAAGUGAUUUCUUUCCAUUUAAUGAUUUCGGUUUUACAUUUCGAGAUCCUGAAGAAGUGUUCCGUGAAUUUUUCAGUAAACAUGUAGAUAUGAUGAAUGCAUUUAUGGAUACAGCUGGUCUAUUUCGAUCACAUGGUCAUUUACAUGAUAUAUUUAAUAAUGAUCAUCAUUUCAAUGUAUUACCUAGUCGUCAUUUACAUCAUACAACUAGUUAUAAAUCAACUAAUGAACAUCAACCACGAUUUCAUCAUGUUGAACGUAUACGUAAAACAAGUUUACCACAAAAUGUACCAGUACGUAGUUUGUCUACAAAAACAUCAUAUAGUUUUAAUUUUGGUAGUUCUAGUCGUCCUGGUCAUCCACCAAUGAGAAAAGAAACAUUUCGAUCAACUUCAACUAAAAUUGAAAAUGGAAAAUGUGUUACAACACGUAAAAUAGUACAAGAUGGUAUAGAAACAAUUGAAAUAGAAGAAAAUGGUAUAUUAAAAAUGAAAACAAUCAAUGGUCAACCAGUUGCUAUUGCUAAUGGUUAAUCAUGUAUAUUUAUUUUUCAUAUAGUGAUAAUAUUCUUUUCUAUAAUAAAGUUCUAAAGUAUUUUCUUUUUUUAAAAUAUAACUAUAAGAAAUGUGUAUACAUAAAUUUGUUUCAUAAUGAUAAAAAUAAUAGUAAUGAUUAUUAUUAUUAUUAUUACUGGUAGUAGUCGUAAUAUACUUUUCAUUGUAUUAUCUUUCUGGAUAUGUAUUCGCUCUAACUAAAGGUAUUGUGAAUGUAUUAUUCAAUGUUCCAUUCUAACACUCAAUACAUAUGUCUUAAUUAAGUUUCAAACUUUUCAGUUUACAUUUAUUUUCUACGAAGCUGUUUAGAAACUUUCACAAAUGUCUUUUCUUUUUCUCUGACUAUAUGCAAACAAUUUUUGUUUACUAUCUGUAUGUUGUAACCAACUGUACUACCAUAUUUUCACAAGUUUAAUAUAUUUUUCUUUGAGAUACUUUUCAUUUAUCUUUUUUGUUGUUUUUUUCCUUUCUUAAACAUUUAAACAAUUCGAAUGUUUUCAAAUUCUUCUCUUUUCUUCUCUAUGUGUAUACUCAUUUGUUUCGGAAUGAAUUUCUUCAAUGAUGAUUGGUAAUUCUAUUUUCUAAUACCUUUCCUAAAUUAGUUUCGGAGUUUUUUUUUCCCCUAUCUUAUAUCUGUAUACCUGUGUUUUAUAAAUAUUUUUAUCUUCAGUCUACUGUGAUUUAUAUUGUUAUUGAUCUUUUUGUGCUAUAUUUUAUAAGCCAAUUUAUAAAUACAUUUACAAUCAUCGACUAGUGAUGAUAGAUAAAUUAUGUUGGGUGUAAACUAUGUGGAUAUGUGUGUAUAGACUUUUUUAAAAUUUUUCAUUAACAUUAUAUGUAUGUGUAUGUGCACUGAUUGAUGUUGUUACUGGCGCUAAUAUACAAAUGCAAACGCACUUGAUCAUAAAUAAAUGCGUCAAUAAGGAGAUUAACAUCAAUAAAAUUGCUUUUCCUAAUC